GUCAUUUUAGUAACUAUGAGCGCUGAAUUAGGUUUCCCGGGUUCAGGUUGUUUAUGUUCUGGAAGCGGCCGGGUGUGUAUCUAACUUGCGAAAAAAGUGAUUCGUCUCCUCUGUGUUUUUGGCCAUAUAUUCGCAACUGAAAACGUGGCCGCAUUGCUAGCGAGCGAAGUCAGACAUGGCAUCCAACUCGUUCAAAACCCACAAUGAAGCGUGGCAACAACAACAAUAACUUUCUUGCCUGUCCAACGUCCAAAGCAGCACAACCCACCACGCAUCGGAGGCUGCAGAGACUCUCUGUUAUGCUGCUUAGUUCCCCGCAGAUACUCGGCACAUAUUAAAAAAAUCCGUUAAAGGGUGUUCUUUUAUUUUUUGUCUCAUUUUUGGGUUUCGGAGAAAGAUGGAUUUUUGAACCGAACAGUGUGAUAGCGAGGGGGCUGGACAGAGAGAAACAGAGAGAUGACUCAGAUGAAAGGAGGGGUUGAAAUGAGGCUGUGUGAGGAGUUUUCACCUAGGUAUUACGGGCUUUGCUCUGUUGGAGGAAUGCUCAGUGCUGGGACUACCCAUCUUGCUAUCACGCCCCUCGAUGUCUUGAAAGUGAAUAUGCAGGUGAAUCCGAUCAAAUAUAAUGGAAUUUCUUCAGGAUUGUCAACCCUCUGGAGAGAACAAGGCCCUUCUUCUCUUUGGAGAGGUUGGUCAGGAAAGCUUUUUGGAUAUGGCAUUCAAGGCGGCUUCAAAUUUGGUCUCUAUGAAUACUUCAAGAAGCUUUACUCUGAUGCAUUGGUAGAUCGUAGCAGGAGUUUCAUAUUCUUUCUCAGCAGUGCAUCUGCUCAAGUAUUUGCUGAUGUGGCUCUCUGUCCUUUCGAAGCUGUGAAAGUUCGUGUUCAAACGCAGCCCAAUUUUGCAAAGGGCCUGCUUGAUGGUGUUCCAAAAUUAUAUAGAACCGAAGGACUCUCUGGCUUUUACAAAGGACUCUUUCCACUUUGGGGUCGAAAUCUUCCAUUCUCCAUGAUAAUGUUCUCAACAUUUGAGCAUUCCGUGGAAUUUAUAUAUCGCGAUAUUAUCCAAAGGAGAAAGGAAGAUUGCUCAAGAGCCCAACAACUUGGUGUUACAUGUUUAGGUGGCUAUGGAGCUGGAGCAGUUGGUACUGUCAUCUCGAACCCAGCUGACAACAUUGUUUCCUCUCUUUACAACAAACAGGCUGAAAAUGUGAUGCAGGCAGUGAAGAAAAUUGGGCUUGUUAAUCUUUUUACUAGAAGUCUUCCUGUUCGGAUUACACUCGUUGGCCCUGUUGUGACUUUACAGUGGUUCUUCUAUGACACCAUUAAAGUGCUUAGUGGACUGCCCACUAGUGGAGGGCUUAGCAGGCACAUGGAAGAAGCUAAUGUAUCAGCUUAAGGUCAUCAGAAGAGGGCCAAAAAAAGUUUGAUCUGGUCAAUUUCAAGACUGCAAGAAAUUCCUCACCGUUGAAGAAGAUAUACAAAGAACUCUAUAGCCUGCCGAAACAGGACACACAGCCUGCCUUUUCUAAUCUGAAUGUUACACUACAGCUAACAACUGGUAAAGGUGAUUCACAAUCAUACAAGCUAGUGCUUACUUAAAACAAUAAUAAUCAUCCAAGUUAGCUGGUAGCAAUCACCAGCACCUGCUUAUUGGAUUUUACUUAAAACAAUAACAAUCAUCUAGUGGGUUGUAGCUGCAAUUGUUUAGAAUGUCAUUUUUAAAUAAGUGGGUUCCUUUCAUCCACUUUAGUCACUCA